AUGCCGUCGUCCGCAAUGAAGCGCACGAGCUCCGUCUCCAACAUGAACCAGCCAUCGUCGCAAUUCCCUCCCAACCUCGCGCGCUCGCAGUCCGGAUCGCGCAUGUCGCUUGCGCCCGGUCGACCGAGCCAGCCCAUCUUCCAGCGCUCUUCAUCGGGCACAAAUCUCGCAGAGGGAUUCCAGUCCGUCCACCGCAACUCGACCAGCAAUGUCUUUGGCGCCAGCAGCGGCAGGAAGAGCUUUGCGCCCGGCGCGUCCGUCUUCCAGACACCUGCGCCGCUAUCAUCCGCCCCCAACUUCGAGCAGAGUGCCCAGCGCCGCAGCAGCGUGUUCAAGGCGCGCACUUCGCAUGGCUCGGGCUCGACGGGAAUCAAGCAGUCCUUCUUCCAGCAGGCGCCAAUGCCAGCGCAACCUCCGACCGAUCCACGACAACUCAAAGUUGCUGGCACUCGAGCUCAGAUGGCCCAAGAACUGCUUGAGUUCUUGACCCAUAACAACUUCGAAAUGGAGUCAAAGCACGUGCUUUCCAACAAGGCCAUGACAUCGCCGACUCAGAAGGAUUUCAACUGCAUGUUCCAGUGGUUGUACAACCGCAUCGACCCCAGCUACCGCUUCCAGAAGUCCAUUGACCAAGAAGUGCCGGUAUUGCUAAAGCAGAUGCGCUACCCCUUCGAAAAGUCCAUCAUGAAAUCGCAAAUCGCUGCCGUCGGCGGCAACAACUGGUCAACUUUCCUCGGUCUUCUGCACUGGAUGAUGCAGCUCGCGCGUCUCAUGCAAGCGUACGAAGCCGGAACGUAUGAUGAUGCAUGCUUCGAGGCGGGAUACGACGUGUCUGGAGACCGCAUCAUCUUCGACUUCUUGUCAGACGCAUAUAGCACAUGGUUGUCGGCAGAAGACGGGGAUGAAGACGAGAAUGACGAGGAAGUACAAGCACGCCUGAUUCAGCCGCAUGUCAACGCCAUGGCUACCAAGUUCGACGCUGCGAAUGCCCAGCAUCAUGAGCAAGUGAAGCUGCUUGAGGCUGAGCACAAGUAUCUCCAGGACCAGAUUGAGGAGCUCGGCAAAUCAGGACCCAGGAUCCAGAAGCUAGAAGAGCAGAUUCGCAUCCUCGAGGAAGACCGCGUCAAAUUCGAAAACUACAACAACUCCAUGGACGCAAAAGUGAAGAAGUACAACGAUCGCUGCCAGCUUCUCGAGAAGUCCAUCGAGGAAAUCGAAGCAGAGCUUGAGGCAUCAGAGAAGGAGCAACAAGAGCUCCAGGCCAUUAUCGACGGUCGUGGCAUGACCAUUGCGGAUAUCGACCGCAUGGCAAAUGAAAAGGACCGUCUGGACACUGCUUUACAAGCGACAUCAACAAGACUAGAGGACUCUAAGAAGCGUGUUGCUGAAAAGGAGCUUGGUGCAUCCCGGAAACUAGAUGAGCUUGAACAAACCAUCGAACGUUACAACAACCUUGGGUACCAGAUUGGUGUUAUACCUUCGACUGCAGUCAAUGCAAAGAAUCAGGAGUACGAGCUGGUCUUGACAAUCACCGACACGCCCAACUUCUCUGGAUCACAAAUGGGCAGCUCAUCACAGGAUUCUUCGGAUCGCUUGCUUCAUGAUUCGGGCACGGGCUACUCGCCACAUCAUCUCCUAAACCUAGACCUUCGGGGUACGGUAAAGAGUAAUAUCCUAACUCUUCGCAAAGAGAUUGCAGAGCGGAGAAACGCAGCGUUGGAAGCAGACAUGAAUAACCACGACCUCCUCGAUAAGAUCAAAGAAGCCAUGGACGACAAGCAAGCCGAGGUUGAAGCUCUGGGUCACCGUGUUGCUCAGGCUGAAGAAGAGUUGGAGAAGCUUCGCGAGAUCACCAACACGCAAAAGUCCCAGUCUGACGCACAGAUUGAGCGCAUGGAGAAGGAGCUGGGUCGCAUGCGCAGCGGUCUUGGCGAGUCUGUCCAGCUCAUGGUACAACGUGAAAUGGCUGUCAACAUUGAAUAUGAACAGCUGCAGCUUCGUGCCAAUGCCCUUCGUGAGGAGUUGCACACGGAAAUCGAGCGCAUGCUCGAUGACAUUGUGCGCUUCAAGCUUCAUGUUCAGAAGAACCUCGAAGACUACGAGCAGUUCAUCGCCGACGAAGUCGAGCGCAGCUGCGAAGAGCAAGACCUGCUCGCCCAGGGUGAAGAAGAAGAAAUGGCCGACGAGUCGUAG